CUAAACCCAUUGGCUUUUCGUACCGCCAUUAAAUAGGGUUUUAGGCAUAUUCUCAAAACCCUAAUUUAUGGGCACCCCGAAGAAGAAGAAGAAGAACCAAACCCCUGAAAGCCAAUUCCACUGCGAUCUCAAUCUCUGCUCCAAGAACAAGGAUUUGCAUGGCGCAAUUUCUCUUUACAAAUCCGCAAUUUCCAACAACACGCGGCUCAAUCAUCAACACUUCAAUGCCCUCCUCUACCUUUGCUCCAACUCCGUCAUCGAUCCAUCUCUGAAAGAUUUGGCUUUGGAGAAUGGAUUCCUCGUCUUCGAUCAGAUGUCGUCGAUCGGCAUUGUCCCCAAUGAGGCCACGGUCACGGCAGUCGCCCGGCUGGCCGCUGCCAAAGGCAAUGGAGAUUACGCGUUCGGGUUGGUUAAGCGCAUGGGUGAGUACAACGCCGUGCCGAGGCUGCGGACUUACGACCCGGCAUUGUAUUGCUUCUGUGAGAAAUUAGAGGCCGAGAAGGCUUACGAGGUGGAGGAGCACAUGUGUUCUGUUGGGGUGACCCUAGAGGAACCGGAGCUUGCUGCAUUGUUGAAGGUGAGCGCGGAGACAGGAAGGGAAGAGAGGGUUUAUCAAUAUUUGCAUAAGCUGAGAAGCUCGGUGAGGGCGAUUGGGGAGCCGACGGCCAAGAUUUUUGAGGAUUGGUUUUGUGGGAAGAAGGCUUCUGAGGUUGUUGAGGUGAAUGGGGAGGUGGGGAAGAUCAAAGAGGCGGUUUUGAGGAACGGGGGAGGGUGGCACGGGCAGGGUUGGAUUGGAAAAGGAGAUUGGGUUGUGAAUAGAACAAAAAUUGAUUUAAGUGGGCAGUGUUGUUCUUGUGGGGAGAAGUUGUUUUGUGUUGACAUUGAUGAUAAAGAGACGGAGAGAUUUGCGCAGUCUAUGGCUUCAUUGGCCAUGGAAAGGGAGGUUGUGUCAAAUUUCAGGGAAUUUCAGGAUUGGCUAGAGAAACAUGGUGAUUACGAAGCUAUUGUGGAUGGAGCGAAUGUUGGCCUCUACCAGCAAAAUUUUGCGGAUGGUAGUUUCAGUAUUUCUCAGCUUGAUGCUGUUGUAAAAGAAUUGUAUAAUAGAAGUGGAAAGAAAUGGCCACUUGUUAUCUUGCACAAUAAACGUUCUCGUGCGCUUUUGGAAAAUCCUUCUCACAGAAAGCUUGUUGAUGAGUGGGUGGACAAGGGUGUUCUAUAUACAACGCCAAAUGGUUCCAAUGAUGAUUGGUAUUGGCUCUACGCUACUGUGAAACUCAAGUGCUUGCUUGUGACUAAUGAUGAGAUGCGAGAUCACAUUUUUGAGCUGCUAGGCAGUAAUUUCUUUCUCAAGUGGAAGGAAAGACAUCAAGUUAAAUAUACGUUUGCUAAAGGUACUUUGCAACUUCAGAUGCCACCGUUAUAUUCUUCUGUCAUUCAGGAAUCAGAGAAAGGAACAUGGCAUGUUCCUAUAGCUGGUGACUGCACUGAAGAGUCUGAAAAGAAAUGGUUGUGCAUUGCUCGGCCAAGUGAAGUUCUGCAGAAUAAAGAGACCUCUCAGAAGGGCGACAAUCUCUGCUGCGAUGAUAAACUACUGAGAUCAUGCACGUCGACGACGAGCAUUGCCAGUAACAACACUUCACACGACAUUCUGGAUCCAUCUCGAACAUGUGAAAAUGGAAGUAUAGCAGGAAAAAGAAAAGAGAGAUCGUAAUAUACAUUCUAACUUAAAUAUUUGAAUGGAGGCCAACUUUCAUGAAUGGUGAGUGAGACUACUGCUGACAGUAAUGGAGGUGCCUGAUGAUGAUGAUGAUGACGACGAUGACGACGGCGAUGAUGAUGAUGAUGCCCUAUUCCUGGUUCAUUGGUUAGAGCAGCAAUGGUUUCUACUGCCAGCACUCAACUCUCUUCCUUUCUGCUUGUUCUCUUAUGUUGUUUGUGUACUACUAGCUCCUUUUUUUUAUCAUCUUCUACCCCAAUGUUGUAGAAAAUGGUUCAUAAUUAUUCUUUUCUGACUUUGGAUUUUUUUUUUCAGAAUUUACAAGUUGCUAAAAUUCUGGUUCUGGGAUGUUUUUUUGGUUUAAAUUAAUAUGGUAUUGGUUGGAAAAGAGGUUUUUUCUUCUUUUCCCUUUUUUUCA